AUGCUUCUAGAGGCUAGAUUCUCCGUCGUCCAGAUGAACACGAAUAGACGGUUGAGAUCAAACCAACCGAGUCGAUUGUCCAGCUCGGGUGAGUCAGGUAUAGAGAACGAGCGAGUCUUGGUUCUCGUCUUCGAAUCCAUCAGCUGGGACAUCCACAUGCUAUGCGCGGUCGCCUCACUCAGCCGCAGGUUUUGCGCAAUCGCCAGACGAAUUCUAUGGCGGCGGCUCUGCGUGAACCGUGCUCCGGGGAUGGUGGCGGCAUUGUCCGGCGCAGAUCCCAGCUGGCGAAUCGACGGCGGAUGGCACGCGUUAGCCAAGCUCAUGUUCUUCUGCGGCGGUGGCGAGUCGACCCUGUAUUUCAAUCUGAGUCAACCGUCGCUAGGUCACUUCGCCUGCGAGUCCAGAUUCUCCAAGACCUCCGGCAGAUUCUUCCUGCCUAAGAAUUGCCGGCGUGAAUGCUUAUACAUAAGCGAUCCCUGCGCGCAUCACGCGGUGGGUGGAGACGAACACUUAGGGGUCUUUAGAGGGGUGUUUAGGGAAUUUAUGAGGUCAAAGACGAGGGAGUGUCUCGUGAGAAGACAGGCGGCGCUGGAGGAGAAGUUCAGGUGUCCGUAUUGCGGAGGGCGCAUGUGGAGCAUGACGGCGGCGCGUCUAGUACCGAAGAGUGCAGCGCGGAGGCUGGGAUCACGGGAAGGUGGGUUAGAGUUUUUCGUGUGCGUGAGCGGUCACUUGCACAGAACCUGCUGGCUCAUUCCGCUUUCGUCGUCAGACAAAGAAGAGAAUGGUGAAGAGGAGGACAACAGUGACGGCAAUGUGAUCUAG